AUGUUUGCAGCAAUAGAGUCUCUCCACGAAUCGCCCCUCGGCAAAGCGUUUGUAGCCCUUGCCACGGUUGUGGGCGCCUAUAAAUUGAUCUCGUUCGGUCUCCAAUUUUUUUCUGUAGUCUACGAUCUCUUCCUCUCUGCUCCAACAAACUUCAACAAGUACGGAGCCAAAAAAGGUCUGUGGGCAGUCGUCACCGGCGCCUCGGACGGUAUCGGAAAGGAGUACGCCUUCCAAUUGGCUGCAAAGGGAUUGAAUGUUGUGUUGGUGUCCAGAACCUUGGCCAAGUUGGAGGCCAUUGCUUCCGAGAUCGAAAGCAAGUACUCUGUCCAGACCAAGGUGGUGGCAUUUGAUGCGUCUGUAGAUGAUCCUGCGAAUUACGAGGCCAUUCUGAAAGCCAUUGCUGGACUUCCAGUGACGGUGUUGGUCAACAAUGUGGGCCAAUCGCACAGUAUUCCCGUUCCGUUCUUGGAGACCGCAGAAAAGGAAUUGACGGACAUUGUCACCAUCAACAACAUCGUGACCUUGAAAAUCACCCAGACCGUGGCUCCGGUGAUCACGGCCACCGUCAAGGAGAAGAAGUCCGUGCGUGGAUUGAUCUUGACCAUGGGCUCCUUUGGCGGUCUUCUCCCCACGCCCUACUUGGCGGUGUACUCUGGCUCGAAGGCUUUCUUGCAGCAGUGGUCUGCAGCUUUGGCCGGAGAAUUGAAGCCGCAAGGCGUUGAUGUGGAGUUGGUGGUGUCGUACCUCGUCGCCUCGGCCAUGUCGAAGAUCCGCAGAACAAGCGCUACCAUUCCUGGCCCUAAGCUGUUCGUCAGGGCCACUUUGAGAUCCGUUGGAAAACGUUGCGGUGCGCAAGACCGUUAUGCCACGUCGACUCCAUUCUGGAGCCAUGCAUUCAUGCACUUUUUCAUUGAGUCCACUGUGGGUGUCUACUCCAGCGUUGCCAACAAGUUGAACUUUGACAUGCACAAGAGCAUCCGCACCAGGGCCUUGAAGAAGGCUGCCAGACAGAAAAAGGAGUAA